CCUCCACUAAACUAACCCUACCAGAGAACAAAACACCUUCUUCUUCAAUGUUCUUCUAUGAAGAACAUGAAGAACACCAGCCCCAAUAACCAGAUACAAACCCCUAAUUUGUUCCUUCCCAAACCCAAUUAAACCCCAGAAAAUAACCCACUGCUCAGUUCGAAUUAACCCCCAAAACCGAGCCUUUCCUACGAAGAACAUCAACACAAAAAACCCAGAAAUUACAUACAUACACACAUAAACAUAAUAUAGAAAAAUGCAGAAAAAUAAAGGAAGAGAUAACACCGGAUUUUUAUAGAGGGUUUAGACUGUGGAGCUGAAGAUGAUUUAUACUGCGAUCGAUACCUUCUAUCUCACAAACGAUCAACUCCAGAAUUCUCCAUCCAGAAAAGAUAAUAUAGAUGAACCCACCGAAACUACUCUUAGAAUCUAUGGCUGCGAUCUCAUUCAAGAAAGCGGCAUUUUGCUGCGAUUGCCCCAAGCUGUAAUGGCGACUGCCCAGGUUUUGUUCCAUCGUUUUUAUUGCAAGAAGUCUUUUGCUCGCUUCAAUGUCAAGAAAGUUGCAGCUAGUUGUGUGUGGCUUGCUGCAAAACUGGAGGAGUGCCCAAGAAAAGCCAGACAGGUUAUAAUUGUUUUCCACAGAAUGGAAUGUAGGAGGGAGAAUUUACCCAUAGAGCAUUUGGACCCUUUUUCUAAGAAAUACUCCGAUUUAAAGAUGGAGCUGAGUAGAACAGAAAGACACAUCUUGAAAGAGAUGGGCUUCAUUUGCCAUGUUGAACAUCCUCAUAAGUUCAUAUCAAAUUACCUAGCUACGCUUGAAACACCUCCAGAGUUGACACAAGAAGCAUGGAAUCUAGCAAAUGACAGCUUACGUACUACCUUAUGCGUUCGAUUUAAGAGCGAGGUAGUAGCUUGUGGGGUAGUAUAUGCGGCUGCUCGUAGGUUUCAAGUGUCCCUUCCUGAGAAUCCACCAUGGUGGAAGGCAUUUGAUGCAGAAAAAUCAGGGAUUGAUGAAGUUUGCAAGGUUCUUGCUCACCUCUACAGCCUUCCCAAGGCACAGUACUUACCAGUGUGCAAGGAUGGUGAUUCAUUUACAUUUUCUAACAAGUCAUGGGAUUCUCAUUCUCAGCCUCUUCCGAAGGUUGUUCCAAAGAGUAGCCCACCAGUUGAUGGUGAUACUGUCUCCAAGGCUCCUCCAUCAGUAUCCAGUGACAAGAUAAUAGAGUCGAAUAAGAAUGUGACUGCGGAAGGAGAGACAGGAGAGGAACUGAUGCACAAAAAGCCCGAGCGUAGAACAGAUGUCAGUGGAGAUAGGAGCAAGGAAAGAGAAAGAGAUAGGGAAAGAGAGAGGGAUAGGAUAAGGUCUCGGGAUCGUGAUAGGGGUAGGGAUUCUGACCGAGAAAGAGAUAGAGAGGAGCCCGAAAGGGACAGAGAUAAGGCUAGGGAACGACACCAUCGUUCCAAGGAUAGAGCUUCAGGUGGAGGGCAUUCAGAUAAAUCAAGACAUCACUCAUCAAGAGGUUCUUAUCCGUCAAGAGAGAAGGAUCGAUAUAGACACCAUUAAUAUGCUUGAAUCAGUUUUCAAAGCUUCUUCAAGUAACUUGUAUGACAUGCUCUGGUGUUUAUUCCUUUCCAGAGCGAUAUAGUGAAGCAAUCUUGUUGUAAAUGAUUAAUGAAAAAUUUUCAUUCUGGACAAAAUUUAUGAUACAUAUUACUAUUUUCUUUUUGUGUUGACA